AUGGCAAAAAUAGAACAGGGAAAUCAAACAGCCAUCACAGAAUUCAUCCUCCUGGGAUUUGGGAGUCAUCCUGAACUGCGUGUUCUUCUCUUCCUGCUGUUUCUAGUGAUCUACAUUCUCACUGUGGCUGGGAACAUCCUAAUCAUUGCGCUAGUUGAGGCUGAUCCACACCUGCAUACCCCCAUGUACUUCUUCCUGGGGAACUUGUCCUGCUUGGAGACCUGCUACACUUCCACCAUCCUGCCUAGGAUGAUGGCCAGUUUCCUGACAAAUGAAUAUGUUGUUUCAGUAAAUGGCUGUUUCUUGCAAUAUUAUUUCUUUACCUGGCUAGCAGGAUCUGAGUGUUGUCUCUUGUCUGUCAUGUCUUACGAUAGAUAUAUAGCGAUAUGCAAACCACUGCAUUAUGCAACUCUUAUGAAUGGCAAAUUCUGCCUCCAGCUAGCAGCAGGGUCUUGGAUCAAUGGGAUGGUGGCUAGUGCUAUAGUAACAUCUUUGAUGUCACGUUUAAUCUUCUGUGGCCCCAAUGAAAUUGACCAUUUCUUUUCUGAUUUCACCCCAGUGACUAAACUCUCCUGCAGUGACACCCGCCCAAUCGAACUAGUCACUUUUGUCCUGGCCUCCAUAUUCACCCUGCCCCCAUUUCUAUUGACUCUCAUCUCCUACGUUUGCAUCAUCAUCACCAUCCUGAGAAUUCCGUCUACCACCGGGAGGCAAAAAGCAUUUUCCACCUGCUCCUCCCUCCUCAUUGUGGUGACCAUUUUCUAUGGGACCCUGAAUAUUGUGUACCUGUCUCCAAAACCCCCCACCCUGAGAGACCUGAACAAAGUCUUCUGCAUCUUCUACACAGUCCUGACUCCUCUAGUCAACCCCAUCAUCUACAGCCUGAGAAAUAAAAAUGUCAAGGAGGCUUUGGCGCACGUUAGGAGUGAGUGUGUGGCCUUGACAAGAGAUCAGAGAAUCCAUGCUAAUUUUUAA